GACAAAUAGGAAGCCAAAAGCAUAAUUCAAUGCGGUGCCGGUCUCAAGCAAGAGAAUCAAAUCAAAAAUUUCCAUUUUAAUUCAAAUACCCGGCGUAACAACCGGAUAUCCAUGUGCAUUCUCUUCCCCUCUCUAUAUAUAAUAUCUCGGUUUUCUUGAUUCAUUAUUAUCACUAACAUGGGGAACUGCGUGAGAAAGAACCAAAUCUCAGCAGCACAAGAUGAGAAUGAAGAAGGCACAAAAGUUGAGCAAAUAAUGAAAGCAUCUUCUUCAUCACCCAAGUUGGAAAAGGCAAGGAGAAAAGAAAGUAAGAAGGUAAGGUUCAACGUGCAAGAUCAAGAUCAUAGACGUUGUAAAGGAAGUGGGAAUAUGAGGAUUAAACUUGUGGUGACCAAGGAAGAGUUGAAAAGGAUGUUGAGGAAUGAGAAUGGGAAUGAUGCUCCUCAAACUUCAUUAGCACAAUUGCUAAGCGAUAUGAAGUUGAGAGAAAAAAGUGUGUCCAAAAUUGAAGAGAAUGAUGGGGGCUUAAAUUCUUGGAGGCCAGCUUUAGAAUCUAUUCCAGAGGAUCAAUCAUUCAAGAUUUGAAGUCUUAAAUAUGUCUACUUCAACCACUGCUAUAUACUUGUAACUAAUGACUGUGUUUUUCUUUAAUUUUAUUUGAUGUAGGAGCGCUUACUAAUUGAACCUUCCACAUGAAUUGAGUGGGCUCAAUUUGAUCUAGAAAUUAAUGUGAUAUAGAGCUUGAUUAUGGAA